ACUGUUUUCCAUUUCUUGUUCGUAAGGCUACACUUCCCACCCGCUUGGGCGAAGGACCGGCUGCUGAAUUGUGUGUGUGUGUGUGUGCGCGCGCGCGCGCGUGUGUCCCUACACGUUUUCUGGGGUGUCCGCGCUUCUCGGGGAGCGAAAUUGCUCGGGCUGGUGCGUCUGGGCGUGAGUGUGCCCGCCUGCCAGUGCCGGCUGCCGGAGGAGGAAAGGGCUGCUAAGGAGAGAUGCUGCACCCUGCACGGCGCUGGGCUCUGAGGCUUCAGGGCGCGAAGAGCUAAGUCCACCCGGAAUGCAGCGCUGCUGGGGAUCCAGGCGUCCCCACCCACUGGGCUCUGCUCCACGGUCAUCCCACCUCCUGGUAAUCCUUGGGGUCUUCCCCAAGGCCACACUCGCGAGUCUCUUUUCCGGCGAGGUCUGGGUGCUCCUUCACCACGGACUGCGGAGAGGAGGGAGUUGUGGCCGGGGCAGGAGGAACAGGUUGGGACACUUGGAAGUCUACCAUUGUACAACAUGCUGCCGUUAAGACUCUCACCUACCUUUUCAUUGGGAUGUCAUCUGUUAGCCAUUGUGGCUCUCUUAUUUUCCCACGUGGACCUUGUAAGUGCUGAGACAGAAAUGGAAGGAGAAGGCAAUGAAACCGGCGAGUGUACUGGCUCGUAUUACUGUAAGAAAGGGGUGAUUUUACCCAUUUGGGAGCCCCAAGACCCUUCCUUUGGAGACAAAAUUGCUAGAGCUACUGUGUAUUUUGUGGCCAUGGUCUACAUGUUUCUCGGAGUCUCUAUCAUUGCCGACCGGUUCAUGUCCUCUAUAGAAGUCAUCACAUCUCAAGAAAAAGAAAUAACCAUAAAGAAACCCAAUGGAGAGACCACCAAGACCACUGUGAGGAUCUGGAAUGAGACCGUUUCCAACCUGACCUUGAUGGCCUUGGGAUCUUCUGCUCCAGAGAUUCUCCUUUCAGUAAUUGAAGUGUGUGGCCAUAACUUCACUGCAGGAGACUUGGGUCCUAGCACCAUUGUGGGAAGUGCUGCAUUCAAUAUGUUCAUCAUUAUCGCACUUUGUGUUUACGUGGUCCCAGACGGAGAGACGAGGAAGAUUAAGCAUUUGCGUGUGUUCUUUGUGACGGCAGCCUGGAGCAUCUUUGCCUAUACCUGGCUUUACAUUAUUUUGUCUGUCAUCUCUCCUGGGGUCGUGGAGGUCUGGGAAGGUUUGCUUACCUUCUUCUUCUUUCCCAUCUGCGUCGUGUUCGCUUGGGUAGCAGAUAGGAGGCUUCUGUUUUACAAAUAUGUCUACAAGAGGUAUCGGGCUGGCAAGCAGAGGGGAAUGAUUAUCGAGCAUGAAGGAGAUAGGCCAUCUUCCAAGACCGAAAUUGAAAUGGAUGGGAAAGUGGUCAAUUCCCAUGUUGACAAUUUCUUAGAUGGUGCUCUGGUUCUGGAGGUCGAUGAGAGGGACCAAGAUGAUGAAGAGGCUAGGCGAGAAAUGGCUCGGAUUCUGAAGGAGCUCAAGCAGAAGCAUCCAGAGAAAGAAAUCGAGCAAUUAAUAGAACUAGCUAACUACCAAGUCCUAAGUCAGCAGCAAAAAAGUCGAGCAUUUUACCGCAUCCAAGCUACUCGCCUGAUGACUGGAGCUGGCAACAUUUUAAAGAGGCAUGCAGCCGACCAGGCGAGGAAGGCUGUCAGCAUGCAUGAGGUCAACACUGAAGUGGCUGAAAAUGACCCUGUGAGUAAGAUCUUCUUUGAACAAGGAACCUAUCAGUGUCUGGAGAACUGUGGUACCGUCGCCCUGACCAUUAUCCGCAGAGGUGGUGAUUUGACUAACACUGUGUUUGUUGACUUCAGAACAGAGGAUGGCACAGCCAAUGCUGGGUCUGAUUAUGAAUUUACCGAAGGAACUGUGGUCUUCAAGCCUGGUGAGACCCAGAAGGAAAUCAGAGUUGGCAUCAUCGAUGACGAUAUCUUUGAGGAGGAUGAAAAUUUCCUGGUGCAUUUGAGCAAUGUUAAAGUAUCUUUGGAAGCCUCAGAAGAUGGCAUCCUGGAAGCAAAUCAUGUUUCUACACUCGCUUGCCUCGGAUCUCCUUCCACCGCCACUGUGACCAUUUUUGAUGAUGACCACGCAGGCAUCUUUACCUUUGAGGAGCCCGUGACUCACGUGAGUGAGAGCAUUGGCAUUAUGGAGGUGAAGGUACUGAGAACAUCUGGAGCUCGAGGAAAUGUUAUCGUUCCCUAUAAAACCAUCGAAGGGACUGCCAGAGGUGGAGGGGAGGACUUUGAGGACACUUGUGGAGAGCUCGAAUUCCAGAACGAUGAAAUUGUGAAGAUCAUUACCAUUAGAAUAUUUGACCGUGAGGAAUAUGAGAAAGAGUGCAGUUUCUCCCUUGUGCUUGAGGAACCAAAAUGGAUAAGAAGAGGAAUGAAAGGUGGCUUCACAAUAACAGGCCAACCUGUCUUCCGGAAAGUUCAUGCUAGAGAACAUCCUAUUCCCUCUACUGUAAUCAUCAUUGCAGAGGAAUGUGAUGACAGGCAACCACUGACCAGCAAAGAGGAAGAGGAGAGGCGCAUUGCAGAAAUGGGGCGCCCCAUUCUGGGAGAACACACCAAGCUGGAAGUGAUCAUUGAAGAAUCCUAUGAAUUCAAGAGUACCGUGGACAAACUUAUUAAGAAGACAAACUUAGCCCUUGUGGUGGGGACAAACAGCUGGAGGGAGCAGUUUAUUGAAGCAAUCACUGUCAGUGCUGGGGAAGAUGAUGACGACGAUGAAUGUGGAGAGGAGAAGCUGCCCUCCUGUUUCGAUUACGUGAUGCAUUUUCUGACCGUGUUCUGGAAGGUCCUCUUCGCCUUCGUCCCCCCUACAGAAUACUGGAAUGGCUGGGCCUGUUUCAUUGUCUCCAUCCUCAUGAUCGGCAUACUGACAGCUUUCAUCGGAGACCUGGCUUCCCACUUCGGAUGCACCAUUGGCCUGAAAGAUUCUGUGACCGCAGUAGUGUUCGUCGCCCUCGGCACUUCGGUACCAGACACAUUUGCAAGCAAAGUGGCAGCCACGCAGGACCAGUAUGCAGAUGCGUCCAUAGGGAACGUCACCGGCAGCAACGCGGUGAACGUCUUCCUGGGGAUCGGCGUAGCCUGGUCCAUCGCGGCCAUCUACCAUGCAGCCAAUGGGGAACAGUUCAAAGUGUCCCCUGGCACGCUAGCUUUCUCUGUCACUCUCUUCACCAUUUUUGCUUUCAUCAAUGUGGGGGUGCUGCUGUAUCGGAGGAGGCCGGAAAUCGGAGGUGAGCUGGGUGGGCCCCGGACUGCCAAGCUCCUCACGUCCUGCCUCUUUGUGCUCCUAUGGCUCUUGUACAUUUUCUUCUCCUCCCUGGAGGCCUACUGCCACAUAAAAGGCUUCUAAAGGAACAAUCAGAUAUAGUAAAUUUAUAUAUAUAUAUAUACAUAUAUAUACAUAAAAUAUUAUGUAUAAUGAACAGAGGAAACUGACAUUUGUCAUGUUCACUUUACCUGCUGAUGGAAUCCAGCUUCAAGAGCAGACUGUGCUAGGGCCGAAGUGAGAAACCAUCACCUCCCACUCCCAGGGGCAUCGUCACAUUGAACAAAGGCGUGGAGGCAGGGGCAUCUGUGCAGCUCAGCCUAGAAGGACUGUGUUCCCUCCAGGUUCAUAAAUCGUUAAGUCUUUGAUUUUGUUUUCUGUUUCUGCUUGGUUUGGGUGGGGGCUGGGAGGUGGCUGAUGUUUGACUUUUGUGUUCUGUCGUUUUGUUGGGAGGGUCAAAGUUUUUGUUUCUCUUGUGGGAGGUGAUGACCAAUCUAAAUGCAAAUGGGUUUUUGGUAAAAAUUUAAAUCAUUACAAUUACUCUCUCCAAACACUUUGAAAAAUUAUUUUGGGUUAAGAAAGGAUAUGGGCAUGGAAAAGCAGCAUGUCUUCACUAGGUCACUAAAUUUCAUGCUUAUCUCUGGAACAUGAGCAGAGGUAAAGCUGCCUCUGAGAAGAAGCAUGGGAGCUCGAAUGCAGCCAGGAAGAGUGAUGGUUCUAGAUACAGUCGGAUAUUUAAAGAUACGAUGCCUGGCACUCUUGUUCAACAGGUACAGGAAUAAUGUGCCUCGAUUCCCAAGAACAUGCAAAAUCAUUUAUUUCUUAUCUCUUUAGCUCUGGACUGUGAUUAGCAAGGCCCUUAUUCUGGUUUUCCAGCCUGGCUAACCGCCCCCUGCCCAGGCCCCCAUCCCAAACCUCCUCCUCCUGCCCACCACCUCUCAUGCAAACAGGAAUAACCCCACUCAAAAAGCAUAUCAUCCUUUUCCAUUUGCAUCACUGUGUCCCAGUCCCAUGUUUGCUGUUGCCUGGGAUCAUUCAUCGGUUUUAUUUUCAAAAGCAUCCAUGGCUUGCACAGUCCUGUUCCAGUCAUGACUGAACAUUGGCUCCUUCUUCAUGUGCCUGUUUGGGAAUGUUGUUGUGAUACCUGUUACACAGUGCAUGGAUGAAAAACAAAAUAAGCGUAUCUGUAUAUAGUAGAGUAUAGCGCAUACUGUUCUCCCAUUCAGCAAUGUUGACUGGACAUUGAAGACAUAAGUGAGUUUGUGAGUUUCCUUUUCACCUGAGUUGUAACGUUCGUGUUGUUACUGAGUUUGAUUUUACUAGGGAUAAAAGGAGAAAAUGGCUUAUUGUUCAUGGACCUGCACAUUCAUUUCUAAGAAGCAAUAACAGUUCACUGGGAAGUUAAAGCUAUUGAGAGGACAGCAGGCAAACUACCAAGUAUCUUCAUGGAAAAUUAGCCAUGCGGAAUACACCAGAGGCCUCUAAACAGUCACCUGUUGAUUCUGGAAGGCCAAGAAGAGAGGUAUAGAGCAGUGGCUGGAUUCUAUGUGCCCGGGCUUUGAGAGCCUCCAUAUCCAUGACACCCCUGCCCCUAAAGUAUUUAUUUCACUUCUGCUCUGUCUGGCACAGAUGGUAGAUAGUGGUUUGUUCAUUUUAUUUUUUUAUGUAAAAGGCUAUUUUGAGCCCUGUUUCUUUCAUCACCCAGACUCCUCUGAUUGUAUCUGCAGUUCCUGAGUAGGAAAGGAGCCAGGGAGACCAAUGGGCCUUUACAAGUGCAUCUUCUGUACUUAUGACUAAGGAAUAAGCAAUUAAAUGAGAUUAGUGCCUCCCAGGAGGAUUGCGCUGGGAGGUUUUUCACCCUGGAAAAGGAAUGGCUCUUUCUAUCUCAAAAUACCAAAGAGCAAGGAUAAACCCAACAUUCCAAAGUAGUGAAUCCAAUAAUGAGGAAAAAUGGAAAGACGUUGGUCCCGUCUCAGAGACUUCUCUAUCUAUAAAGAAUCCCAGGCCAGAGACACCACUGGCCCUUUGUUUUGAUUCAAAGAUGCUUAAGAGAUAAAAGCUGUUCAGAGUUAUUUCCUCUUUUUCUACUCAGUAAUCAUGAUCAUUCAUCAUUUAAUAAACAUUUGGUGACUGAAUAAUUAAAUGCUGGUUACUACUCAAUAUGCCAGGUACUGUGCUACUCUUGGGGCCUAAACCAUGAACAAGAUAGUCCAGAUCCCUGCCCUCAGGGGGCUCACAGCUAAUGUGAUUGCUAUUUCCAUGGGUAAAAGUUAGCACAGCCAUAUGGAAACAGUUUUAUCUUGCAAGGAAAAACACAAUUACAAAACUCUUAACAUAAACAUGUUGAAAAUGUACCAAUAUAGUUGUCCAAAUAUCUAAGAUUUUAACCAAGAGGUAAAGCACAGGUUAGGGGAAGCAUCCUAUGUAUCCCUGGCUGAUCUUGCAGCUAUAUACACCUCCCCAUUGUAAGCCAAGAAAGGCAAUCAUGUUGGUGAUCCAGAUGACUGAAAAGGUCCAAUUAACCCCAGCUUUUAUCUUUGUUGGUCAACAGUACUUUUCUACACCCCACAGUCUACAGUUCCUCAUAUCUCCAGGAGACUCACCCCAGCAGGCCAUGGCCCAACACUGUGGGUCUAAGUCUUUUGGGGGCACAUUCUAACCCAUUUUUUUUUUUUUAAGAUUUAUUAAAUGGAAAGCUAGCCUAGAAAACACCAAGUAAAUAUAGUCCAAGGAUGUAGGUUAUUUAAACAUUAGAUUUUGCACUCAAUUUUAGCCAUAUUUGGAACGUCGAUAAUCCCAUAGCAAAUUUUCACAGAGGACUUUCAGAAAUUCUUACCAUUGAAUUUUAAUUUCAAAGCUUUUUGGUUUGUUUGCUUUUUCAAGUUUCAUGUUAUAGGGAAAAUAUGAUUCUGAUUGUUCAGAGUUGUUAAUAAUUGUAGUUGUGUAAAAUUACUUCAUUUUAUUUUGUGUGUAUUGUGCACAGCUUUAGGGGGGAAGUGCACGAAUUGUGCCGUUCCUUAUAAAUGGUACACAUUAUUGACACAGACAAAUAAAGUUUCUAAUUGUUUCUGAUUUAAUCACUAGUGAUAUAGCAUAAUCUGUAUGGAAUGUUUCCUCUCAUUGUCAUUGACUUCAUUUUUGUUUUCAUGUUUUGAAGAAAUAAAGACCAAAAAGGUAUUAUUGUGCAGUUGGUAUCCUCAUCCAAAAGAAAGAAAGAAAUAGAUCCCAGUAUUCAGACUUGCAAAUGUCAAUCCUUUGGUCAUACAAGGUUUCCUUUUUAAUGUCCCAAGAGAGCAGAGUGUGAGAAUAUGUGUCUAUCUGAUGGUACAGAGAUAAAUGUUGGAUGUUUCUCCAUUUCACGAAUUGUUUUUUUUUUUUUUUUACAUCUUUUAGUACCACUUUAUCCUUUCUGCAUCCCAGAACAUGAACCUAUAAACAGUUACACAUCAGACCACUUUUUAGCAGAAUAUUACAGCAAAUAAAUCAAGCCCAAUGAAAUUGAUCAGAAGUAACUAGUUGUUUCCUAAGGGAUACUUAGUAUCAUAUACUAUAUUCCUCUUGAUUCCCAAAAGAACUUCCUGUAAUAAUUUCUGAUUAAUUACCUGUUAUUGACUUUAUGUAUCAUAUAGUCUAUAGUAUAGGAAGAGGCGACACCAGAAAUCAGCAUUUGUGAAAAAAAAAAAGUGACCUCUCGUUUGUGUACUUAUUUGCAAGUCUACAUUAAUAUCAGUGGAUUCAGUUCUUAUAAUAGAAUCCGUCCACUGUAUACAUGUAAAUGAUAAUUUAUUCAUUUGAUCAUCUUUUUAAAAUUUGCUUUGAAUUCAUUAUGUCUAUAUAUGAUUAUGUGUGGCACGCUUUCACAUAUGAAGGAAAUAAGGUAUAAUUUAAAUAUUUUCUUGGAUCAACAAUUAAUGUCUCCUAGUUACCAAUCUUUGGUUUAACACAAAAUGAGCAGCCAACAUUUAUUUCUUUAAAUACCAAAGACAGUAAUUCAAUGACCAGAGUAGUCUUCACUGUUUAACUACCCUUCAACAAAAUGUCAUGGCUCAAUGAUUCGCAACCUCUUAUAAGCUAAUUUUAGUUCAAAGAUAAUGAAUGAUUCAAGCCCACCACCAGUGAAGAUUUCAGAGAGCUUUGCUUUCUAUACAGAAUAAAAGCAACAAGUAAAACUGUUUUUCAAAGAAAAAAAAAUAUGUUCUUUUAAACCACCCUGCAGGUAUUCUGAUAGGUGGAUCCCAUUCACAAUGACAAUCCCUAACACAGCGUCUUUCCCCCAGUGGUCUCACAGGUAACAGAAGCACUUUGCCUUUUCCACACAGGGCUAGAUUCCUUGUUGAUUCCCCAGCCCAGGAUCCCUGAUCCUAAUCUGUCAAAAUAGAGAUUGACUGGUUUGUUCUACACAUAUCUGCAAUUAGAAAAACAAUAAAUUUCCUCCCGUAGAUGAUGAAGCCUUCCAUUCUCUAACAGCGACAAAACAUCACCUUCUCAAGAAUGUAAAUCAGCCCCUUUAAGACUUCUUUUAAAAAGUGUUUCCUGGUUCAAGAAGUAGAGUGUCUCUUUUGAUUCUGGUUUUCUGUCUCUGAUCUUGGGCAGUUGCAUUUAGAGCAAGUAUAGUUUCGUAACUUCAAGAACAUUUGGCCGUUUCAUGAUUGACAAUGCACAACCUUAAAUCUCUCCCAAAUUUACAAGUGGCACUCACAGCUUUUGUUAUAAUAAUCAAUUCCCUCGGCAAAAGCAUUGUAGCUGUUGGUAAAAUGUAGCAUUUUAACUGAUAAACGAGUGAAUUAUGUAGAAGAGCUUCACACAAUCAUAUUUUUCUUACAGAGAAAGAAAGAUGCUGCUAUGAGUGCAUUUAUUAGCUUUCAUUCAGAUCUACCUACAGAUUUUUGUUAAUGGACUGUAUUUCUGCUCUUCAAUAUUACAUUUCAAUCACUUCUAGCUAUGUUGUCUUCCACCCAACACAUUGUAAGUGUUCCGUGGUCCAGAUGGUAUUCCACCUACAAGGACAUAGGGAGGGGAAACAAUUGCACUAGUUAGGUAUUUCAUUGUUGGAGCUUAAUCAGGCCAUGGUUAAUGACCUCCCAAGGCAGAGAAUGUCCUAUAGAAAGAACAACCACUGAGAGCUAGGUCUCCCAAGGGAGAGCACACUUCAGCUUUCCAGCCCACAAGAACUAGUGAGUAGCUUCCUAUGACUUCUCCCCCUGCCUGCCAAGAUGUCCAAAAAGAUGUCCUCAGAGGCUCUACCAAUUUUCACUUUCGCCAAAGUUCCUCUGAUUUAAUCUAAGGGACCUUUAAAUAAACACUCAUUCUAUAUAUUACUAUUUUGAUGUAUUUGUAGGAAAGAACAUUACUUCAUAACUUCAAAAGGCAACAGGACUUUGUAGGUCAAACCACAACUCAUAUCUUUACAAGGAAGACUCGCUUGCCCAGAAUCACCCUAUCUGUAAUCAGUGAAGUACUUGACCUACUCACAUUCUUUAGAAUCAUGCUGUCCUAACUUUAUCAAAGAUCUGGAGAGGGAUUCACUUUGAAAUAAGCAAUCUUAGUCUUUCUUUUCCCUAAUUCCAAACAUUUGUAUUUCUUCCAUGCUUAUUCCCAUCCUAUUCAUCACCCUUAGUAAUGCUCACUAUUACCUCUCAGCAAUGGAGAGAGGCUCAUGAUAAAGUGCUCUGGGCAUGUUUUUCUGAAAGUGAACUUAUCAUAGGAAGAAACAAAUAUAAUGGCAUUCUACUUGGAAAACAAUCAUUUGGUAUGUAUCUCUACAUGUUUGUUUAGGAGAGAUUAUACCCUAUACCUACCCACUACAGCAGUAUUGAUUUUCCUUUCUGGAUCACAUUUUUCAUGCUUCAGUGCCAUCUACCUCGCCUUUUAUCCUAUUGAUAGAUGUAGGUAUGGAUCAGGAUUAAGGAGCCCGCCCUAACACACUCACACUCACACUCAACUCCUAUGAAAGUUUCUACAAAGAAGUAUGUAAACAUAGAAAAACAUAAUGUAUAGCUUCCAUGCCUCCAAAAAAUAUGAGUGGGUCAAAUGUUUAUCUGUGGGUAUUAUAUUCCUGAUAUGCAAAUGAUAGUAAAAUUUCACAAUAAGCAAACACACCAAAAGAGAAAUUAGCUAACUUCAAUUUACCGACUCGAUUUUGACAGUUAAUGAACAGCCCAGCCCUCCCUAAUUUGUUGACCGCAAAGACAGAUCUACCUAGCCAAAUCCAAGAAUGUACUGGGGGUGACAGGGGACUUAAUACACUAGCAGCCCUCUAUAUUGGAAAUUGUUUAUUCACCGAGGAGGAUCUGGCCCAGAGACUUCCAAAGACCUCUCUCUACAUUCCCAAGUUGAAAUAACCCACUUUAAAUUCACAGAACUUUUUAUUAGACCCCUUGAACCCACAUGGUAGGACAAGAGAUCAAUUCUCUAGGGAGAGCUUUCUUAAAAAUGUGAUUCUGUUUGUUAUGGCCCUAUUUUCUCAUGUGAAGAUCCUAUUCUUUCCAAUUGGAAGGAACAAUUCUAAUAACCAAAUAUAAAACCGCUUUUCAAAAUGUUUCACUUAAAAAAUUAACUUUAUAAAUACUUAAGAUAAAAGUUAUAUGACCUAGCCAGUUCAGAGAAAAAUAAUUUUCUCUAUACGUACAUUUCUCUACCUUCUUACACUUAUCUUAACAUUAAACUUUGAAAAAUGCUCCAAAGAAGAAAUCUUGAAAGAUUUUACAUUCUAAUAAUGUUCGUGUAAGUGAAUAAUAUGGCUAAAAUAGUGUUUUAGGUGACAAUUAUCUAUGUUUUGACAGAACACACUUAAAAAUGAGAGAAUUUAGCACAAAUGUGUGAGGUAAUAUUUCAUCACAGAUUACUCUUGUCUAAAAUAUUUGAAUAUCAUUAACCCUAAGGAAGAUAAAUUUCCAGUUUCCAAAAACAGUAGUACAAUUUCAGCUUGUGAUCUGUUUUUAUAUGAAAAUCAAAGCUGGGCAUACAUAACUUUUGACUUUGGCAAACCCCCCCCAAAAAAGUAUGCUUUUGGCCCUUUUCCAUAUUAUUGAGUCAUUUUGUGGAAUACACUGGAUCUAUACAGGUGUCUCAUAAAAAUGCCUUCAAUGAUUUCCCUUUUUUUUUUUAGGCCAAGAAGUUUCUAAAUUUUAGAACUUGACAAUUUAAUUUAUAAAAGGCUGACUCCAUUUUGAUGUUAUUAACAUUUCAGAAUUUUAAUAUUUUAAAUAAUCAUCAGAUGGGAUAUUGAGCUUGAGUCUAACCCAAAUAAACAAUAAAGCCCAAAAAAGACCUACCAGUAGUUAAAAGGCUUCUUAAACACUGGCCUUUUCAUGCAAAGCAAAUAGAAGGGCUGUUUUGACCUCUUUUUUUCUACCAGAGGUUACCAUUUUAAUGAGUAUAAAAACAAAAAGUAUUUGAAAUGGUAGUUUGAAGAUUUUUUUAAUAAGAAUUAGACACAGUUUCUGCAUUAAAUCUCCUCUAUCCCAUCUUUUCCUAGGGCACAGAGAUACAUACAUAAAUACAAAAACAGACAAUGUAUGUCAAAUAACUUGAACUACAUUUUUGGAUGUCUAAGAUUACCCUAAAAGGUCAUGUCAGGUUAAGUAUUCCUUUUAUCACAUGUCUUUUAUAAAUGAAAAAAGGGAGAGAAAUACAGAAGGAAACACAUUCCUGAUUUUCUUUUUUGUGAAAGAUGCAAAUUCAAAGUUGUUUGAAAACUGCCUAGAAUAUUAAUUAUAUGGAUCCUUCUAAAAACAUAAGUAGAUCUUUCAAAGAAAAAAAAAUCAUUUUUCUUCCCUUCAUUUAGCAAGCAUUUCUGAUAGAAAGUCUUUAGGAUCAAUUAGGGCACCCCCCUGACUUUUCCAAUUACCCUCUGUUAUUUGGAGGGUGUUGAAAACCGCUCUUGAAAAAAAUUAUGCUCGUCUAGGUCAAAUCCUGGGGGACUAAAAGGCUGAGAUUUUGUAUUUUCCCUGGCAACAUAGCACUGAGCAGGCAGGCUCCCAUACAUCACUUGACAUUUUCUAGAAAUGUGUUUUGGCACAACAGGAACAAAGGAAUGAGACUCCUACCCACUUCUGCCAUAAAAUCCUAAUCAUUUACCACCACAGAUUCUCCACUAGCUAUAAUUUACCUUAGAUAUUUUCACUGAAGCAACCCUCAACUUUCAUAUACACUGGUUGUGUGGUGCCUAGCAUUUUCCCUCCAAGAUCUUAUUAAUAGGCAAACUAACCCUUUCAACUAAGGAGUAAUGAAAUUUCUCCAAGGGGUCCAGUCAGGGUGAGGAGUGAGUAGAGAGAGGGGUAGUAAUAUUGAUGUCAGGUCAUUGGAGCCUAUUUAACCAACUGCUUCAUUACAUAUUGGACCUCGUUUGGGACUCUGACUAUUAGAAAUACUGGAAGGACUUUAUCUUAUUGCUAUUUCAACAAAAUUUUUGUGGCAUUGGAUCUAAGUAAAGGAUAACAUCAUGCAAAAACUGAAAGUCCUUUAUUAGCUCUGUUAUUGUUACAUUUUCUAAGAAAAUAUUAUCUUUGAAGUUGUAACCUAAAGUUCUUAAGAACAACAAGGAUUGUGCUGCCAUUAGUAAUCCCUUCGGAAAUUUGACACUUCAAGUCUUCUUUGAGACAGAUGAUACUGUGGUAAUGUAUGCAUGUGGCUUAAAAUAUUCUUGAUAGUCUCAGGUUGUCCUCACAGAUCUGCAUAGAUUUACUUUUUAAAAAAUGAGUCUCUUUCUCAUCAAAAUGGAUUGGGAAGUUCUCCAACCACUGGUUUCAUUUUGUUGAAAAAAAGAGUCUAGCACCCAAAGAAGCUGUGAACAGUAGGGUUGCAUCCACAACCCUUCUUCUGUGCCCCUUUGCAUAUUCCUGACUCUUAAUCCCUGUGGCACAGCUUUCAGAAACAACUGUAGGUGAUGGGAAAGCCAAAAGAAAAGGGUUGUGCUCACUUUCAAAAUGGACUAAAUCUGCUUAUCACCUUGAAACUUUUACUUAAAUUUUGAAACUUUAAACACCAAGAGGGAUGCUUUUAAAUGCCAAUUCUGAAGUCAAGAUCACAUUUUUUGCAAAGCCAUAAGGAAAAUGUAUGUUAAUUAUUGAGACAUGGGAUUUAGUAACAUCAGUGCCCAACCCUUGCUCUCCCUGCAUCCCAUUCAUACAGUAUUUAGAGGCAAACAAGCAGUUGGGAAGGGGAGAGAAAUCACUAUCAAUGUCCUAAGUCAUAUCACCAUUCAGUUACUAGAUGGGGUCAGGAACUAGACAAAAUAGAUGGGACCAAUACUAGUUCUCGAGUCUGACCACCACCCUUGCUCACCCCCAUUAUGGAUAUGGUCUGUGAACAUUAGAACAAUGCCAGAGUAUUCUUUUCACUUCAUGUGAAUAUUACCUACAGUGAUUCCUCUCUGCUCUGAGCCAGGCUGUUUUGUUUGAUGCAAAUCUUUCCAGAGUCAUACAGCUCAAUCAGAUACUUGUUGCCUGGCUGGAGAAUGAACUGGUCUUUUCAAACUGGUUGCCAUGGACCCAAUUUUCAAAAACACUAAGAAAGCAGCAUAGCCAAGUGGAUUGGACCUAGCAAGGAGUCUAAACUUAAAGGAGUGCAAUCUUGUAUUUUUUCUUCCUGGCCAGUACUCUAACCCUCCAACUCUAGAGCUCGUUUCAUUAGUAAGAUGAAAAUAAUAGUUUUGUUGCUAUUUAGGAAUCAUACCUCUUUAGAACUUGAGAGAAACCAGAACUGGUUUGGGUCCCUUUAAAACAGACAAGAUAUUUAAUAACAUUCGAAGACAAUGAAAAAGGUUCGGCACAGGCUUCUGGGUUAAAGGGGAGGGCAGAGCUUCUGACAGGCUCUCUUGAUGUUUUGUUCUUCCUUGUAAGUUUUUAUCUGUCAUGGUUCCCAGUGGAGUAUUUCCCCACACUUAUUCUGUGGGAGGAUACUAACAUAGCUCCAGACUUUGCCUUUUAUUUCCUAAUUCUCCCAGGAGAAACAGCCUUUCCUUAGCUUCUAAUACAAAGAAACAAGAAAGAAAUGACAGCUGCCUCACUGGUUGACUCACAAGUUUUGUACAGAAGUGGAGACCAUUCAGAGGAUCUUUAUAAAGUAUUUGAGGAAACAUUUCCAACUCCUAAUCAAAAGUCAGAAAUUGCUUUGACACUAGGAUCUUAAAUGUCACUUUAUCUUCCUGCCUGGUCCUCACAAAUCAAUAAGGGUUGAGAGAUGCAGAGUGUGUUUGGACGGUGCUAAUCAAUUAAAAUUCAGAUCUGGAUACUGGGGCUAGAUAAAUAUCAAAUGGCAAAUUACCUGAGAAAAAAAAAAUCAAAAGUUAAACCAAAGAGGGCAGAAAAUUAGUCAACUUAGCAAAUAUGUCUUCCAGAAUUGUUGAUUCACUUUAUAUCCAGUCAAAACUUUAAAAAAAAAAAACAAAACAAACAUCUAUAUAGUCAAGGCUGUGAAACAAUUUUUAAAUCAAAUGGCAGAGUCUAUUUUUUUCAAUCCUACAAUUCUACAAACCUCAAGCAUUUAUUGUGUGCAAAGUAUUGUAUUAGGCACCCUGAGAAGAUAUGAAGAAUUCAAGACAAAGUAGUUUUAAGAAAAUUAACACUAGGGGCGCCUGGGUGGCUCAAUAGUUAAGCGUCUGCCUUCGGCUCAGGUCAUGAUCCCAGGGUUCUGGGAUCGAGCCCCGCAUCGGGCUCCCUGCUCGGUGGAAAGUCUGCUUCUCCCUCUCCCACUCCCCCUGCUUGUGUUCCCUCUCUCACUGUCUCACUGUUUCUCUGUCAAAAAAUAAAUUAAAUAUUUUUAAAAAGAAAGAAAGAAAAUUAACACUAGUCCUGAAUUCAGUUAAGAAGAGGCCAUGUAGCACUCAAAUUAACCUUCCAUUUUGUUGGAGACAUUUUACCAAUUUCAGGCUGCUUAAUGGAGCCAUUCUGAAAUCUUUCAAGAAGCUUUUCUUUAAUAGAAAUAGAAAUACUAAUUUUCUUAACUUCAUAAUCUUUCACCAAUGAGAUAAAUGAUUUCAGACUCAACUAACAGAUCCUGAGUCUACAAUGAGCCAAACUCUGUGUGAAGUUGACCUAUGGUCUUUCACAUUUCCAGUUGAAAAAAGCUGAUUACAAAGAUCAUUUGUCUCCCCAUUCCUGAAUUUUUUUCUAUUGGGUGUUGAUACUAAGACAUCACUGGAUUUUCUUUACUCUGCCUAUUGCUCUUUUGACUUUGAGGCAUCUGGCUAUAUUUCAGUUACAACUCCAGCUGUCAUAUUUUAACAGCCAACUAGAAGAGACUUCAGUCCCCACAUCUGAAUACACAAGGUUCUCUUCAUUUCAAAAUCAAAUAGUCAUCAGAGAAGAGACCCAAAGGCUCUCCUCUUUUGAAAAUUAGUAUUUGUUUCAGAGGGUUAUGAAUCUUCGGCUCUUUCUGAACUUGAAUUCCCUCAUCAUUAAAGGAGGGACUUUACCUUUAGCUUGCUUUCCCAGAACACAUCAAGCCCUACAUAAUCUGUGGUUCCCUGUUAUCAUCCACUGGGUAUGGAUGAAGGUGCUUUCCACUGUGAAUCAGUUUCUCCUCAUAAUACUUGAUUACAAGUGUCAAGCCAAUAAAACAUUAAGUCUGAUGGGAAUUUAAAGGUUUAUUUUGAAAUAAUUCUUGUGAGUUGCUAGAAAAAAAUUUCCCUUCCCAAAGAGGGAGUGAAAAGUUUCUCCCUUUGGGGUAAACUUACAAUAGAAAAUUUAAUGAGAUUGGAAUGGAUUCCACAUUAGUGACCUUUAUAAGGCUGAAUCCACUAUCCUUCUAAAUGUAAACUUUAAGUUCACAUAAUUUCCCAUAAUAAUUCCACUUACUUUUCAUUCUUUGUACUCAAUGACAACCUUUUAGGAGAGAGACUGACAGCAGUUAUUUUAUACUAAAGUAAGUGAAUACAAACAGGAUAUGUGUUGACCAGAGAGAAAGAUAUUAAAAGACUGUAAAGGAAGAUGAAAAAGGAAUUUUAUUUGCUCCAAAUUCAACUCUUUCUCAAGCCUCCCUUGUUACAGAGAAAAUGACCACUCAAAAAGCUUUUAAAGACUUAAAUCCCACCCCUAGCAAUCAUCUGGUUUGCCCAUAGUGCAACUGCCUCAUUAGCAAUCUGAAAUUACACACAGUUGGAGAAAAUAUAGCAAGAGAAUGUAGGCAUUGCCAUGGGGAAAAGAAAAAGCAACCAUGGUGAACUCUGCUUAUAUAAACAAAAAAAUGUCUUAGUGGAAUAAACGUAAGCUUUCUCUUGAAGGAAUCCCAGUUAGAAUGUCAUUAGAAAUGGCAAAACCAUUUCAACAUCAUAACAGUCAUAUAUUCCAGCUUUAUUAGCACUGAGGGGGCCAAAUUUGUCAGGGGGAAAGGUAAACAAACGUUCCCAGCACUGUAACAGAUAAAGUGAUCUCAUGAACCUCCCUGUUGAGAGAAAAAAAAUAGGUAAUAUUUUUCUGUAACUAUAUUAAUGUCUAUGACUUCCACCUAGGGAGAGAAUGAUUUUUUCCUUCUCAUUACUAAUCUUUAUAUAGAGCUGCUGUUCAGUUGCAGUAGGCAUGGUAUUUUUAUAUUUUGAUAAGUCCCUCAUAUUGACUUUGACCCCUAUUUCACGUUUGAUCAGGAGAUCCUAAAUUGGAAAGGUAGGAUUUUCUGUCUUUUUUUUAAACAAAUCUGCACCAUAAGCAUUUUCUAAAGAUGACUGCCUUAAGCCAUCUAAGUGGCUCUGUCAAUCAGUGGUAGGUGCUUAGUGUAAGGCAGAGAAGCUGUGAAUAGAUUGAGACUCCCUUAUGCAUAGGCACCUGCUCAUUCAGACCCUCAUGUCUCUUCCCCCUCAAGUCCUUGUACCAAUCCGGUCUCUUGAACUGACCCAGCUCCACCUGUCAAACAAAUGGCAGUCUCUACGUGCGCUGACAGUUUGUUCAACUUAAUUCCUCAUCAACUGAAUUUCUCUGACGUUCUUGCCCUCUCUUUACUCAUGUAGGUAGGUCCUUACAUUUGAUAUACUUUAAAAAAGAUUUUACUAGAAAAAAAAAAUCAACAAAACUUUGUGCUUAGUGAAGAAGCUGUGAACAAACUUUACUAUUAUGUUAAUCACCUUGAGGUAAUAGGGAGAAUAUCACCUGUGUGGCAAGAGAGAACCUUAAUGCUAUUACUAAAAUAAUACCCUCUGCAGGGAAACUGUAAAGUCGCCUACAAAGCCUUUCAAAGGCGGCCUGGCUAGCUCAGUCAGUUGAGCAUUCAACUCUUGAUUUUGGCUCAGGUAAUGAUCUCAGGGUUGUGAGAUCAAGCCCCAUGUCAUGCUCCGUGCUGGGGUGGAGCCUGCUUAAGAUUCUUUCUCUCGGGCGCCUGGGUGGUUCAGUUGGUUAAGCGACUGCCUUCGGCUCAGGUCAUGAUCCCGGAGUCCCUGGAUCGAGUCCCGCGUCGGGCUCCCUGCUCGGCAGGGAGCCUGCUUCUCCCUCUGACCCUCCCCCCUCUCAUGUGCUCUCUCUCAUUCUCUCUCUCACAAAUAAAUAAAUAAAAUCUUUAAAAAAUAAAAUAAAAAAAAGAUUCUUUCUCUCCCUCUGCCCCUUCUCAAAAAAAAAAAAAAAAAAAGCCUUUUAGAGACUCAAAUUUAAUGGUAUGGAAAAAUAUUCCCUUCAGAGGCAGGUCAUAGGUUAGAGCACAAGUUUGAUGCACAUUUUACUUAAAGGUUUGCACUUAAACUGCUGAACCUCUCUUUCUCUAAUAUUAAAUUAGCAUCUAUUGAAUCUGUCCCUUACCUACAUUAUAAAAAUGUCUUGUGGGGGGUGGGGGAUCUAAUACCGACCUUCACCUUCCACGUGGAAAAGCUUUGUCCUGGGAGCACAUUAAGGUGAUUUGGGUAACUACAGUGUGUUUUAGAAUAAGCUACUGCAGUGAUUCUUAACAUUUGGUCCCCAACAAAGCAGUAUCAGCAAAAACCUUGAAAUUUGUUAUUUAUGUAAAUUCUCUGGUCUUACCAGGUACCCCAGCCCAGACCUAUGAAUCAAAUUCUAGAAGUGGGCCCAGCAAUGUGGCCUCUGACAAGCCCUUAAGGAUGAUUCUGGUGCAUAUUCAAGUUUGAGAGCUACUGAACAAUGCUCUGAGAGGUCCAGGAAAGUUAAUGUUGCCAAUAAACUCUGCUUCCUCAGAGGAAAAAGCUUAAAAGCUAAAAUGGCAAGUUCCAUGUGGGCCCAAAACAUUCUGAUAUAUGGACAGAAAUGUUCACUGUUUGGACUUAAAGUAUAAUUUGGAGGCAAAUUAUUCCUUACAAAUAUUCUUUCCUGGCAUAACUGAGUUUCAGGCAGGCUCUCCAGAGAGAUUUCUAAUCAACUUUUCUAGUUCUUUCAAAAAACCAACAACUAAUCUGCUUUGUUUGACUGGCCCAGGGCCCCUAGAAUGACCUUGGACACUUUUCUCUUGAUUGACGAGCUCUGGACCAUUUGCCUUAAUGCUACACCACCAUGUACCAGUACUAAGUUAUACUUAAUGACACAUUCUACUGGUUUAAAGACUGGGUGUAAACUGAUUAACCUAAAAUGACUACUGGUUAUGAGUGAGUUUUGGUUUAGAAGAUAGGUCCAAAGGUCAGUAUGGCUUAUCAAACCCGGAAACCACAGACAGUGUAGACACCAUCCCAAGUCCCUCAGGAGCUCCUUUCUAGGCUCUGUCAUUUGAAUUGGUGCAGGAAUGGAGUGGAGAGUCAGCAAGUGACUUCGUUUAUAGUCAGGUCUUGCAAAGAGGUCUUGCAAAAUAGAACUUAAGAUUGUUAUUGUGUGUGUACAUGUGUGUAUGUUUCCUAAAAUCUCACCUGUAAAGAUCACACGUAUAGGUACUUAAAACAUCCAUAUACAUUUUGCCCCCCUUUUUGAGGGAUCCAGAAAAGUAAUUCAAAGUGUACAAAAGGCAGCCUAAAAUGGAGGCUUAACCAUGAUAUUCUGGAGAAUUCUAUAACUGUCAUUCACUCCAGGCCUCCCUUCAAAGGAGUCAGUUUGUCAGAUAUUUUGGAAUGACUGCUUUUUCAGGAAUUACUGAAAAAGAAUAACUGAUACAUCAUAAUGUGUUCUGCCUGCUUCUCUAAAAAUAUGUGCUCCUCUCCUGUUGCUGGUCAAAAUUUGAGCAUUUGAGUGUCUGUGUUCUGUCUCCAAGAAUAUUUCCUCAUUGGCUCUUUCCCCAUUAUCCUAUUUCUCUUUCAUACCUGAUCACCAAAUAGCUCCGGCUAAAGCAGUCCCUCCUUCCUCCAUCUCCACAAUUGUAUAGUAUCCAUUUACAUAUUCUUUUACUAAAAGUUAAAGUCUAAGAGGAUGCUUUCUAGAAUAAUCACCAAUGUCAAGACGUUGGUAAUGGGAAGCACACCUUUGGGGGGGGGGGGGGCGGCCACACUGAAUCAGAUUGCCUGGGAUUCAGCCUCUCCAGAGGGCCUUGACCUUCUUCCAGAACUUGAGAGUCUAUUGUGUUAUUUUUACACUCUUAAACCCAGGGCAAAGUUACAGUGGUGGCUUUGCUUUAGUCCACAACCCAUGGUUUGUGUUAUUGGCUCGAGUCCUAAAACCUCGAAAAAAAACCUGGAAUAAAAAUUUCUUUCAGAAAGAGUAGGGGGAAAAGUUAUAUGCUCUAAAGACUCUUACUCAUGAGGCACAUCCAAAAGGCCUUGAUAUUAGAAGGUAACAGAGAAUUGUUUUCAUCUCCCAACAGUUUUGCCUUUCAGGGCCAUUCUCGGUGAUUUUCCUAGGUCAGUGGUGCAAUUCACUAUUCCAAUAAGCCAUAAUAAUUGUUGGCACAACUUAUUACAAUGGGACUUUCCUGGGUUUCAUCCAUUAAUUUUUGUAGACAGUAGUAAGCUCACGCUGAGAAGACAUUGGUAGCUUCCCAGACAAGGGCAAGGAAAGGAACUAGACUAUUGUCCAUACUGUAUA